UUUCUAAAAAUUUUCAGAGAAAUUUUGAAGGUGAAAAUGAUAGAUUCUGACUUUAAUUUCUUAGAUAUUGAAAAUGAACCUGAAUCAAACUUACGAGGAUCAAGAAUGGAUGGAUAUUUAUACAAACAUGAGCAACGACCAAUUGUUGGCCUUACAAAAAAGAAAUAUUGGUUUGUUCUUCCAAAAGAAGCGCCUGUAUUAUAUUGGUACAAAAGUCCUAGUGAUUUUAAUUGUGCUGGAAGAAUAGUUUUGUCUGGUGCUGCAUUCACUUUUAAUCCUCGAGACUCUGGAAUAUUUGAAAUUCAUGUUGAUAAUGAAUGCUACAUUUUGGAAGCACCUGAUAAUAAAUUACGGAUUGAAUGGCUUAGUUCUUUGCAAUAUAAUCGAAAACAGUAUUAUCAACAAAAUUCAAAAGAUAAUUCAACUGAAAUAAAAAUUUCUGAAAAUUCUCAACCAGAACCAAAAUCUGUUUUUUAUCUGAACGAGAAUGGUGGAUUACAUCCUGGUAGUCUUGAAAUUCCUCCUCCAAUUUGUAAUAUUCAAUCUAUAGAAAAUUUAAUAAAUAAAGUUAAUGAUGAAACUAAUCAAUUGGAUUUAACAACAAAAUUAUUUCGUAGAACGAGAAAUUCUUUGAGUCAUUGUAAUAUGUCAAAUUUUGCUUUUCCACAACCUCGAGAAAAUUGUGAUAAAUGUGCAGAAGUUCUUAAAGCUUUUGAUCAAUUACGAAAUAAAUGUUUUGAAUUAACUGAUGAUUUAGUUGUUUAUCAAGACUUGGUUAAUUCGUUGAAAAAGAGUGUCGUUUCUGCGCAUAAUGAAAAAGCUGCCUUGCAACAAUAUUGUGUUGAUGCUUCGUCUGAUAUGGAUAAAUUAGCUUUUGUUUUAGAACGAGAACAAGCUUUCACAAAUAUUCAGUUUACAGCUUCGGAGCUUAGAAGGGAUAUUGAAACUUUAAAAGCAGAUAACAGGAAAUUAGAACUCGAAAAUAAUUCACUAAAUGUGACAGUCGAAGCAUAUCAAGAAUCUGUUCGUACUAAAGAAGAAUUAAUUCUACGAUUAGUUGAUCAAAAUUCUAUGGGUGCUCCUGUAAGAAAUUCAAUUAGAAAUAGAUCUACUGGACAUAUAAAUAUAUCACAAGUUCCUGAGGCAUUACUUGUCGAUUAUGGAACGCCUACUGAUUAUGUUACAAAAAAUGUUUUGGCAGAGACGGCUGUUAGUGAUCUAAAUGAAAUGCAUGAUCUAAUUGAGGGAUAUAAAAAUCAAAAUAAUUUUUUGAAUAACGAAGUUAUUGAACUCCAAAGAAUUAUUCAAUCAUUGGAAGAACGAGAACGUCGUUUGAUAAGACAAAAUUUUAGCCUUGAAGCUUUUUAUUAUCAAAUGAAAAGUCGUUAUGUUAUGCUUUUAAAUCACUUUCGUUCUUCUGAUCAACCUCCAAAAAGAGGUUUUAUUUAUAUUUUUAUGUAUUUUUUUUAUUUUAUAGUUAUUGAACCAUCAGUAAUCCAAAAUUUGGUGGAAGAAGUAUCUCGACCUCUUUCUCCUUUUAGAGCGAAUAAUUCAAAUACUUUGGCUUCUGAGACCUUGAAGUCUCGUGCAGCUCUUUCCACAGCAAUUUCAAAUCCUGAAGGAAUUCCUGUCGCUGCUUUUGAAGAUUUAAAUGCUGGGAUUUUGCAAAAUGCUGAUCCGGAAACUGAUUCUCUUGGAUUUUAUUUGACACCGCAAAAAUCUAGAAAAUCUGAUAAUUCUAAGAAUGCCUGCCAAGAGCCUCCUAAGGAUUCACAAUCUUCUGGAGAUUUUCAAUUAAAUUCUAAGGAUGAUCAACAACCAGAUGCAGAACAAAAUACAUGUAAAGAUGGUGUUGAACAAACUGAUCCUUCCUCUUCCGUUCCUUCAACUUCUUAUUUUGCCUAUUUUAAUGAAUUAAAAGAAAAACCUGCUUUCUUUUCUCAAAACAAAGAUUUAUUAUUACGUUUGGCAGCAGAUUCACAAAAAAGAGCAGAUGACAUUCUUUCACUUGUUGAGCCAGGAAAUAAUCAAGAAUUUGUUAAUUGGUUAGCACGAUGGGAUUCAUUUCUUGUUAACCAUGUUUCACAUCCACUUAACCCUGACCCUAAUUUAAAAGCUUUGGUUCGUUGUGGUGUUCCUCAUGCUUAUAGAAGAAGAGUUUGGAGCGGACUUGUUGAUUUUCAUGUUGGUUCAACACAAGUAGAGGCAGGGAAUGGAUAUUAUGAGUGUCUUUUGCGUAAAUCACAAAAACUUCUUUCAGAGGAUGAUGCUGCUCUUAAACAAAUUGAUUUGGAUUUGGCUCGUACUUUACCCAAUAAUAAAUUAUUUGAAACAGAGCAAAGUCCAAAAGCUGGUGCCUUAAGAAAUAUUCUUUAUGCUUUUCGUUUUCACAAUAAAAGUGUUGAAUAUUGCCAGGGAUUGAAUAGAAUUGGUGCUAUCGGUCUUUUAUAUCUUGAAGAAUCUGAGGCCUUUUGGUUUUUGGUUGCUAGUGUUGAACAUUUACAACCAUUAAAUUAUUAUUCUUCAAAUUUAGUUGGAGCAGUUAUAGACCAAAGAGUUUUACUUGAUUUGGUACAAGAAAAAAUGCCUGCUUUACAUGCACAUUUACAAAAAUUGGAAGUUAAUUUGUCCUUAUUUACCCUAAGUUGGUUUCUAACAGUUUUUGUUGAUGUUCUUUCUCAUACAGUAUUGUUUCGUUUUGCUUUAGCAAUUUUAAGACUUGUAGAGCUUCGCCUUCUUGAAUGUAAUUCAUUUUCCGGUGUUCAUACUUGUUUAAGUAAUUUAUCUUCGAUUGUUACAGAUUAUAAAGCUUUGGCAAAAAUUGCCUUUAAUCAUCUUAAUCCAUUCCCUGCAAGGCUUAUUGAAUCACGUCGUCAAAGUUAUUAUUUUCAGCACAGGUGUGGAAAAUUCAAUAUUUAA